AUGGGUCCUCACACUGAGGAGAAGGUUCCUCACUCUGAAGACAAGGAUCUUCACACUGAGGACAAGGUUCCUCACACUGAGGACAAGGUUCCUCACUCUGAGAAUAAGGUUCCUCACUCUGAGGACAAGGUUCCUUACUCUGAAGACAUGGGUCCUCACACUGAGGACAAGGUUCCUCACUCUGAAGACAAGGUGCUUCACACUGAGGACAAGGUUCUUCACUCUUAGAACACUGACGAACCUUGUCCUCAGAGUCACAAACCUUCUUUUCAGAGAAAGGAACCUUCUCAUCAGGGUGAGGAACCUUGUCCUCAGAGUGAGAAACCUUGUCCUCAGAGUGAGGAACCUUGUCCUCAGAGUGAGCAACAUUGUCCGCAGUGUGAGAAACGUUGUCCUCAGAGUGAGGAACCUUAUCCUUAG